CUCGUCAAGUGAAGUGGUUUUGUCAGAAAUGGAGAAAGUGAACGUAAUGUGAAAAUAUCAGAGUUUCUUGGUCGCUUCGUAGAUUUUUAGGCCGGCUAGGCACCAUGGAAGAAGUGUUCCAGAACGGGAAUUAUCAAAGGGAGGCAAAUGCGAACAUGACCACCACAGAAACGCAGAAAGAGAACAAUAUUAUUACUACUGAAGAUACAAUAAAUUACUAUACCGAAAAUGAUUCAUUACUUGAUCACAUGGAGAUCUCAAUAACUGAGGCUGAAAAACGAGCAAAUGGAGUAUUAAAUUUAAGAGAAUUUUAUACAGUCUACCUCAUUGAGACUAAAGCUAAAGGUGUAAUCACUGAAGUGAGCUUUCUGUGGCGCCGGUAUACAGAAUUUGAACUGCUUCGAGCUUAUUUAGAGGUUUCUUAUCCAUACAUAGUACUGCCUCCUUUACCAGAAAAAAAAGUUUUAUAUGCGUGGCAAAAAGUAACAACAGACACAUUUGAUCCAGACUUUGUUGAUAGGCGUAGAGCAGGUCUUGAGAACUUCCUCUUGAGGGUAGCAUCCCAUCCUGUAUUAUCUCGUGAUGUGCAUUUUAUGGGAUUUUUACAACAGAAGGAUGGCUGGAGAGAAAGUAUUAAAGAGACUGGAUACCUGCAAUUAGCAGAAUCAAAAUUAAAAGCACUCAGCGUAGCGGUACGAUUAAGGAAACCAGACAAACGUUUUGAAACAAUCAAAAAUUAUGGAAUUGAACUUCAGAAUAAUUUAUGUAAUCUUCUUCGGGUACGCGCACGGCUCGUAGAAAAACAAUAUAGCUUGUACAAAUUACACGCUAAUUAUGGUCGUGUGUUUAGCGAAUGGAGUGCCAUAGAAAGGGAAAUGGGUGACGGACUACAGGUACUUAGGUUUGAAAAAUCGGGUCAUUAUCUGGAUUCGUUAGCAGCGACAAUAGACACAACGCUUGAAGAAGAGGAAUUAAUAGCAGACCAAUUAAAAGAAUGGCUCUUUGGGGCUUCUGCGUUACAAGCAGUUGUCAAACGAAGGGAAGCUUUACAACUAGCCAAGGAUGAAGCUCAUGAUGCUUUAACUGCAGCACUUGAACAGAAGGAAAAGGUUAUGCAAGGAAGAAUUGUUCCAGGUAAAUCGGGUUUAAUGUCGCGAUUAUUUGGUUCCGUGGAUACGGAAGAAGUCCGUGAAUUAAAAGUUUUACAGUUGGAACAGCGAAUUGCACAGCAAGAAGAAGCUGUAAAACGUGUGGAUGAAGAUUUGAAGUCUUUCUCUGCAAAAGCAGUGAUGGAUAUUGAAAGAUUCCAACACCAAAAAGUGGUGGAUUUAAAAGAUAUUUUGGCGGACUACUGUAUCCUGCAAUUUAAACUUGUUCGAAAGGGAUUACAAGCUUGGCAGCAUAUUAAAGGUUGUCUUGAAAGUAUGCCAUAAAAUAUUUUGUCUUAUUUAAGCUGACACAGAACAAUAAUUGUUCCCACAUCUCUUGUGCGAUAUACAUUCCUAUAUUUAUAAGCUCACUCAUACUGUACGCUUAUUAUAACAUGAAUGUACAAGAUUGUUUCUAUUAUUUAACGUUAGACUAUAUAAUAUAUAUAUAUACAUAUUAUAUAUACACACGAUUCAUGUUGAACAUAUUAGAUAUGUGAAGCAUUAUUUAAUAUUUAUAUGUAUUUAGUAUGUUCUUGUUGUAAAUGUAAGAUACAAUUUACCAAUUACAUGGAUGUUCAAAUAGUACUUAAGGAUUAUCUGAUAGCAAGAAUUACGUGAUUUAUAUGUAAUAUAAGUCACCAAGCGAAAUUUCUGGUACGUCAACAAUGAAAGUAGGAAUGUCAUUGUUCUAAUAUUUUACACACUGUUUUCUGUCUGCUCAAUAGGCAUUUAAAUUUAAUUGCUGUUGAUCAAAUCUUUCGAUUGUAUCUCAUUCGGAUACGGCUGUUUCAUUUAUUUUUUCAUAAUAUGUAGUAGGAAUAUUAUUAAUAAAUUGCGAAAUUUAGGAUUUAAAAUAUAUGCUGUUUUAUACGUGUGAAUAAAUAUGUUUCUCAAUGCAAUUCGUAAUCGCAGCUAAAGCAUACAAUACGGGUCGUUUUCGUCACUAACAAUUAUUUAAGUUUACACGUUUUGUAAUACUCUACGACUAUUUAAAAUCGAUGAAUGUCUAUUAUACAAAUACUAGAAUUAUUAUUACAGUACAAUAUAUUCAUCUGUUUUUUU